AUGGACUUUAACGCAACGGUUGCAGAGGGGAUAACAAAUGGAAACUGGUGGAUCCAUACAUCAAGAAGCAGGAACCCGGUGCUGAGCCUACUUCACAAUUGUCUACCUCCGGUGGAACCCAUUCUAAACUCUGAAGCGGACGAUCUUUAUCUAUGGAAAAUAGGCUUCGAGAAUGGGGUCUUGAUUGAUGCCCCUUCUUCUUGCCUCCUUUGCUCUCAGUUUGACGAGACCCGUCAACAUCUAUUCUUCGAUUGUGUUUACUCCAAAGAGGUAUGGUCUUUCUUCUCCUCCAAAGCCCAGCUCACUCCUCCUUCAUUUGAGGAUUGUCUAAGAUGGAUCAAAGACCCUACUAGAAACAGAAAUGUCAACCUCAUCUUGAAGCUGGCCUUUCAAGCCUCUUGUUACGCUGUUUGGAAAGAGCUUAACACGCGCCUACACUCUGCUAUUUCGAGAUCUGCUCAGUCACUAAUAGCUGACAUUAGCUUAACCAUCAGAAGUAAAUUGGACUUACAGAGAAAUCUUCCAACCACCAUCUCCUUUUUGACUACUUGGUUUGAAGUGUUUCAUUAA